AUGGCAAUUUCCACCUUAAAGUUAGUCUGCAAAUCCAAUCUUCAUCUUCGUCCUCUCCCAUUCCAAUGUGUCCGCAAGGUUUCUGUUGAACCAGAUGAAUGUAAUAGAGUCCUAAAUCAAAAACAAGUUAAUAAGAAGCAUCCACCAUGGAAGAAGUUUAAUUCCAAAGAGCUUGGGUUUCGAAAUUCUAUGAUUGCUAGUCCGAUUAAAAAGGUUCUUAAUGCGUUGAAGAAAAAGGGGUAUAAUGUUUACCUUGUAGGAGGCUGUGUACGGGACCUGAUACUAAUGCAGACACCAAAAGAUUUUGAUAUUAUAACUUCAGCGGAUCUUAAAGAGGUGAUGAGAACAUUUUCAUGGUGUGAAAUAGUUGGUAAAAGGUUCCCAAUAUGUCAUGUUCAUAUAGAUGGUAUCAUCGUUGAGGUUUCAAGUUUUAAUACUACCACCAGAAGCAAGCCUGGUAGACACUUCACUCAUGAUAUCGAGGCACCUAAGGGAUGUGACAAGGAGGACUAUCUUCGUUGGAGAAAUUGUUUGAAUAGAGAUUUUACAAUUAACGGGUUUAUGUUUGAUCCAUUUGCAAAAAUUGUAUAUGAUUACACUGGAGGAAUGGAAGAUAUUAUAAAAGCGAAAGUCCGAACCAUAGUUCCUGCAGCUACUUCUUUUCAGGAGGACUGCGCUCGCAUUCUUCGUGCAAUUAGAAUUACCGCUCGCUUGGGGUUUAGUAUUUCAAGUGAAACCGCUGGUUCUAUUAAAAAUCUUUCAUAUUCAGUAUUAAGACUUGAUAAGGGUAGGCUUCUGAUGGAAAUGAAUUAUAUGCUAGCAUAUGGGUCUGGUGAAGCUUCUUUGAGGUUAUUAUGGAAAUUCGGACUUCUAGAUAUUCUUCUUCCUUUUCAGGCUCUUUAUUUUGUUCGUAAUGGAUUUAAGAGACGGGACAAGAGAAUGAAUAUGCUUCUGUCUUUCUUCUUUAAUUUGGACAAACUUUUGGCACCUAACCGUCCAUGUCAUAGCUGCUUAUGGGUUGUUAUCCUUGCAUUGCAUAAAUCUUUGAAUGAUAAACCAAGGAAUCCCUCGGUGAUUGCUGCAUUUAGCCUUGCAAUUUAUAAUGGUGGAAAUUUGUUGGAAGCGGUAGACAUAGCUAGGAGAGUCAACAAACCACACGAUACCAGAUUUCCUGAAUUAUCAGAUCCCUACGAUCUAAAUGCAAAGGCUAUGGAAAAUGAAAUUUUAGAUCUUGCAGAGACUGUUAAAGUGUCAUUGUUGCAGAUGACAUCAAGGCACUCCGUAGCUCGAGCUAUGGCUGACUAUCCUCAAGCCCCUCAGUCAGAUAUGGUGUUCAUCUCGAUAGGAAUGUACCUAAAAGCUCUAAGCAUUUUUGACUGUCUGGAAGCAAGUGGUUAUAAGAAAUUCUCGUCCAGGAAAGUCAAAAAAAUUGAUUAUGAAUCCUUAGCUCGUGGUGACCUGCUAGAAACACGGCACUUGUUUGCAAGGAUUGUAUUUGACACUGUAUAUCCACCAAGCCUUGGUCAGUCCUAA